AGCUGCUUCUUAGGUUGAAAUUUGUCGGUUAUUUCGCUUCCGCCUUAACAACUCUAGCAACUGCGACUCGGCUGAGGGCAUGAGUCAGAAGAAUCUUGCUCUCCAAACCACUUGGAAAUGCUAACGUUGACUUAUCUAACAGUCAUAUGAAAGUCAACUUGGUACUAGUCAAAUCCCCUGUUCACAUUAUAUGAAUAUACUGAAGAUUGGAAGAGUAUGAUUAAACUCCAGCUGUUGUUAUUGUGUGGUCUGUAUAAGAUGGACCAUCUGGAUGUAAUUACACUGUCAGACUACCCUACAAAAACAAGCAAUUUCCCUCCCUUCCAUUCUUCCAAUGAUAUUUUCUGAUUGUCAAGGAGACUUGUGUCUGAACUGUGACAAAAUCUGACCAGCAGUCAUCUUUGAUUAGUCAAAAAUUCAAAUAUUGUGUAACUUGCACAAUUCAAUCUUCUUGUUGCUAGUUAUUCAACAUACGGAAACACAAUGAGGUUCAUUUGAAAGGAAAAAAACACACACACACAGAGUACACACUUGAUCCUCCAUCAAUAAAUUUGAAAAUUGAUGAUACCCUGGAACUGUAUGAUUAACUUGAUUCCAUGCAGAACCUGAUGUACAAAUUCUACUUCUAUGUUGUCGCGGUUUGCUGGUUUGUUGUGCAGCCGCCAUUCGUGGCAAAUGCUGAAAUUGCAAAGAAGGUUGAUGUUGGGAUAAUUGUUGAUUCAGAUGUUCUAGUUGAAAAGAUUAGCAAAACUUGUAUGCUCAUGGCACUUGAAGAUUUUUAUGCCACUCACAACCAAACCAAAUUCAGGCUUGUCCCUCUUAUCAGAGACUCAAAAUCUGAUGCAAUAGAAGCAGCUUCUGCAGGUACUCAAAAUCUUUGUCUUGUUUCUCUUUUAUAUUGGCUUGGAAUGAUUCAAAAGUACUGUUUGUUAUGUUUUUCAGGUAUAGACCUUCUGAAAAAUGUGAAAGUACAAGUUAUAUUAGGUCCACAAAGGUCUACACAAGCACAUUUUGUUAUUGAUCUUGGUAACAAAGUUAAAGUCCCUAUUGUUUCUCCAGCCACAAGCCCAUCACUUUCACCUAAAGAAUCUCCAUUUUUCGUCCGAGCAGCGCAUUGUGCAUCCUUCCAGGCAGAAGCCAUAGCUGACAUUGUUAAGGCUUAUGGCUGGAGACAAGUUGUUAUUGUGUAUGAGGACAGCGUUUAUGGCAGUGGAAUAGUUCCCUUUUUGACCGAGUCAUUGUUGAACAGUAGCGGUGCGACAGUUCCAUAUCGAAGUGCCAUAACUGUUUCGGCUACUGAUGAUCAGAUUCUUGAAGAGCUGUCUAAGUUAAUGAGUAUGCAGACAAGGGUCUUCGUGGUGCAUCUGUUGCCGGUUCUGGCUUCUCGCCUGUUUAUCAAUGCCGAAAGAGUUGGAAUGAUGAACUCAGGAUAUGCUUGGAUCAUCACAGAGACUCUCACAACUCUAAUAGAUCAUUCUGUUGACCCGAUGGUUAUUGAUUCGAUGCAAGGUGUUCUUGGAUUGAAGGCUUAUUUCCCUGGAUCAGAUAAAGUCAACAACUUUACAAGGAGGUGGAGGAAAAGGUUCAAGCAGGACCACCCUGAAGUGGAUGUGUUUGAGCUUAAUGUUUAUGGUUUAUGGGCGUAUGAUAGUGCGACUGCAUUAGCAAUUGCAACAGAGAGAAUCGACAGUGUGGCUAUUCCGGGAUUCAAGGGGGGAAAUGUAAAUGGAAGAAGUAGCCAUUCUGACUUGGAUGAUAUAGGAAGUUCAGAAAUGGGAGCCGCGCUUAUUGGAUUUCUUCGUAACAUAAGAUUCGAUGGAUUAAGUGGGGAUUUUCACAUUUUGGAUGGACAACUACAGCCAUCUGCCUUUCAGAUUGUAAAUAUAAUUGGCAAAGGAGAGAGGACUAUUGGAUUCUGGACUAAAACAUAUGGCAUUUCAAAUAAGCUAAAACGUGAUAAUGAUGGCAGUAAUGAAAAGCUUGGCAUUGUGAUAUGGCCAGGGGAAUCUCUUACUGUCCCUAAAGGGUGGGAAAUUCCGAUAAAAGGGAAGAAAUUAAGGGUUGGAGUUCCUGUGAAGAAUGGAUUGGAAGAGUUCACUAAAGUAGAAAGGGAUCCUACAACUCAUUCUGUCAUCGCCACUGGUUUCUGCAUUGAAGUUUUCAAAGAAGUAAUGAACUCCCUCCCGUAUGCUGUCCCUUAUGAUUUUAUUCCUUUUGAAAACGCCGGUGGAGAUCCUGCAGGAGACUAUAAUGAUCUUGUAUAUCAGAUCUUUCUAAAGAAGUAUGAUGCAGUGGUGGGUGAUGUGACCAUUUUAGCUAACAGAUCAGAAUACGUGGAUUUCACGUUACCUUACACAGAAUCUGGUGUUAUGACUGUUGUUCGAAUCAAGGAUGAUGAGAAAAGCAAUGCGUGGAUUUUCUUGAAGCCUCUAACAAAAGACCUGUGGUUAACUGUUGGAGGUUUUUUUGUCUUUAUUGGCAUCGUUGUGUGGGUGAUCGAACACCGUAUCAACAAGGAGUUCCAAGGCCCUCCUCACAAGCAAGUUGGAAUCAUUUUCUGGUUCUCCUUCUCAACUCUUGUGUAUGCUCAUAGGGAGAAGGUGUUGAGCAAUUUAUCGAGAUUUGUGGUAAUCGUUUGGCUGUUUGUGGUGCUAGUACUGACAUCAAGUUACACAGCCAAUCUGACAUCAAUGUUAACAGUUCAACAACUUCAACCAGCUGUCACCGGUCUUUUUGACCUAAUAAGCAAUGGCGAUUACAUUGGCUACCAGACUGGCUCUUUUGUGACUGAACUCCUCAAGAGCAAGAACUUUGACGGAUCCAAGUUUAGAAACUACAGCACCUAUGAACAGUAUGACGAAGCACUUAGCAAAGGUGGCCAGAAAGGUGGGGUGGACGCCAUUGUGGAUGAACUUCCAUAUAUCAGGCCUUUUGUAGCUCAGCACUGUAGUAAAUACACCAUGGUUGGUCCAACCUUCAAAACUGCUGGCUUUGGAUUUGCAUUUCCAAAGGGAUCUCCAUUGGUCCCUGAUGUUUCGAGAGCUGUGUUGAAUGUGACUGAGGGAGAUAAGAUGUCAGGAAUAUUACAACGGUGGCGAAUGGAUGACGAGAAAACUUGUGCAGACCAAAACAAUGGAGUGACUGCAUCUUCAGAUAGCCUUUCAUUGGACAGUUUCAGAGGGCUUUUCCUAAUAGCUGGAUUGUCUUCAGGAUUAGCUCUUGCCAUCUAUUUCCUCAUAUUCUUGCAUGAAAACAAGGAGAUCCUCAGUUCUGAUGAUUAUUCGGUCAUUCAGAAAUUCUUUCAUCUGGCAAGAACUUUCAAUGAAGACAGAACAGAAUCAAAAGCAGAAUCAUCAUCAGCCCAGCAGGCUCUGAAGAAGAAUGAAGCAGAAACUACAGAAGCAGGAGGGGAGAGUCCACAAACAGGAGGCAGAAGUAGCUUUUAUUAUCAUAAUAAUAACAAUACUGAUGAUCAGGAUGAAGGGCAGUUUUCUACAGCAACAACACAACCUACAAGUCCAAUUCAUGACAAUGCCAUAACAAUAGAAGAUGAUACUGCAGAACAUAGAUAAUUAUAAUAAUUUUAUUAGUCCUGGUUGCGAAAAUGCAACUGGUAACAUUAGAGUUAUUCAUUGUAGGAUGGUUAGAGACUCAAGGCCGUAUCCUUUUCUUUUGAAGAUCAUCAGAAAUUGCAGAGCAAAGAUGAUGUAAGUACAUUUUCUUUAGGUGGUUGCAACUCUGAAAAAGGAUAGAUUACUACUGUAAAUUCAAAAGCUUCAUCGUCUUCUGUUUGUAGAGACAAAAUUUUACUGUCACAAACACUUUUGACACGAUAAUUUGAGAAUGUUGAAUCCAGGUCGCCUAUUUAAACUGGAUUCUCCACCACCAGAGAUUAUAUUUACUUAUUUAGAAACUGAUGUAAUUAUAAAAUGGCAUAUGCAUAACGCAUAGUAAUUGAUAAUUCCUUAAUAUAGUUAAUAAAAGUCCUCCUUUAGCACAAAGAUAAAAAGAAGGAAAGAAAAAAUUGACAUGUGGAGUUGGGAUUGCGAUUUGUUCCGAAAGCACAGGUUUA